UUCAUAGUUCAACAUGCUACCAUGCGUGUUUAGGCGAAGUGGCGUUGAAUGUGUGCACAAUGUGGCCAGUUUUGAUUUUAACAUACUUUUAGCUCUUUAGUUUCGGUGUUCGUUUGACAACUUCUUCGUGUGUCCAUUAUGAACGCAUCAAAGCACGCGCUGAUGGGGCUGAUCUAUCACCACCUGAAGGAGCAAGGUUUCCACUCAGCCGCUGACGAGCUUCAGAGGCACAGCCCUCAGGAGACAACAAAAAUAUCUUCAUCAUUACUGGACAUCUACAAUUCAUGGUUAAAUAACUCUAAAAAGAAAAAGAAAGCUGACUCUAACUUUAAAGAACAAGGAAGUUCUCCAGCUAAAGUGAAACCAGCAGCAGCUUCUCCAAACAAAAAGAAAGCAGUGGGCCUAAUCUCACCUUUAGCAGUCAAAACUUCCAAGAAGAAAAGCAGCAGUACCUCUGUUAAGAAAGCUCCAGCUUCUGCUUCCACAACAUCUGUGGCAGCACCACCAAAGCAAAGGAAGAGUAAAACUGCAACAAAAGUCGAGACGCAAAAAAAGAAGUCUGUGCCGGCAAAAAAGAAAAAAGACGAAGGAAAAUCAGCAAAGGCAUCAAAGCGGCAAACAGAAGCUAAGGCUGUGGCUGUGGCUGCAGGAGGCGAUGAGUCAGACUCUGACAGCAGUCUGGACGUGGACAAAUGGAAGAAACGGCUCCUGCAGAUGACGGAAGAUGACAUGGCCAAGAUGGACACUAUCAAUGCUCUGGACUCCUCUAUACCCCCACCCAAGAAAACAAGACUGAGAAAACCUCGGGCUAAGCCUCCCAUGAAAGCAAACUCUGCCGUUCAACCAAAUAAUGAGACGGCCAAAAAGAAUGAAGAGGUGGAGGAGAAAGUUGCCGCAGAAACACCAGCAAAAAGCAGUCCGCUGAAGCAGAGCAGUCCAAAAAAGACGACACCUGUGACCUCUCCCUCCAUACUAAGCAACCAGCAAAAUGUAUCAGCUGUAGAAGAACCAUCAGCAUCAACUGUCUCCCUGUUAAAACAUACACCAAAGAAAGAGAAGAGGAAAGCUGUAACUCCCAGUGUGGAAAAGUCUUGUGAGAUGUCUGAGCCCAAGAAGAAAAAAAAGGAAAUAAGUGAGGACAACGCAGGAGAGAAUAAAAAUGAAUCUGUCAAAGCUGAAAGUGAAGAGCGCAAAAACAUAAAGAAUAAAGUCACAGAGGAAGAGUCUGGUGAUAAACCUGUAAAGAAAAAGAAAAAGCUUAGAGCAACAAAGGUAGAUAUACUAAUAAAUGAGACAACAGAAAUGAUGGAGGACGAAACUCAGAAUGUUAAUAAUGUUGCAGUGUCUGGGCCAAUAAUGCAGGAAAAGAAAGCCAAGAAAAAGAAAAAAGAGAAAGCUGAUCAUGAAGAAAUUUCAGAGCAAACAAAUGCACAAGUAGAAAAUGCACAGCCAAUAGUUGAAGAAAAUUCAGAGCAAUUAAGUGCAGACGAUGCUCAACAGAUAGCUGAAGAAAAGAAAGUGAAGAAAAAGAAGAAGAAGAAAAAGACAGCUGAAGUAGAGGAAAAUUUAGAGCAGUCAGCUGAAAACAUCAGAGACGAUUCAGAACAGAUAGCUGAAGAAGAAAAAGCAAAGGAAGACACAAACAGUGGGGAGAAUUUAGAACAGGUAGUUAAGGUAAAGAAGAAGAAGAAGAAAAAGGACAAAUCUGAUGAUAACAAUCCAGGGCAGGUUGUUGAGGAGCAGACACCAGAGAGGAGUGUCAGUGAGGAAACACCAGAGCAGGUUACUAAAGAGAAGAAGAGAAAAAAGGCUCCAUUGGAAAACGAUACAGUUCAUACAGAGCCAUUGCCUUCACCCAGCCCUGAACCACAAAGUCCCCAAAAAGAGGAGAAGAAGAAGAAGAAGAGCAAGUUGAGGUCAGCUGAAGACCCUGAAAAACUGCAAGACUCAACAGAAACCGAAACCCUCCACACACCCGAUGGUGACAGUAUAAAGAAGAAAAAGAAAAAGUCAAAGAGACAAGAGGACGUUUGAUUCUUCAUCACUGUACAACAAAGGGAUUCACAGUGCACUGUGUCCAUCCACUUUCUAAUCAUAUUUAUACUGAAUGGUUAGAAAGACUGGUUAAUACUGUAGAAGAACAUUUUUGGUACAUUUUUAAAGUCUUUUUUUAAUGUUUGUUUUAUAUACAAUUUUUCAAACCCUGCCACUAUUUUUCCAUUUUAUUUCCAUGUGAAAUUGUCAUUUUAAUGACAUAAUAUGAAAAGAAUCUUAUAUAUGUGAUUGUUCAGUGAUUUGAAUGAUCCCUCUUAUUAUUUCUGGUGAAAGUCAAAUUUAGUCAUCCCCUAAACGUAUCAAUUCUUGCCCCAUCUCAGGAGGUUAUCCUGUGACAGUCCUUCAAUCUCAAUUUGAGAAAGAAAUAUCACAAAGAAUAAAUCAAAGCAUCUAUUUGACCUAUUUUUUAUUUAUUGAAAAAUAUAUUGGAGACUAUUUUGACAUUAUUUAGCAUUGAUUUUAAAGUAUGUAUGCUUGUGACACGCAUGUUUUCUAAAAGGAAAGAUUAAAUGUUUGAUAAAUCUUUCAUAUUUGCAUUGUACAUAAUGCUUUUAAUACAAAUUAAAGAACAUAGUUUUUUGUUAA